AUGUCUAUAGCAGUCGCCACUUCCGAGCGAGACGCGCAUGAAAGUGUGAGUGUCCUUCCGACGGCUUCCAGAUGGAAUCUGCUCCAGAUCACGGCUCCGGACUCUCUUGCCGUCAGCUCUUCGGGCAAGAAGAAGGGCUUUUUCUCCACACUGACCAGUUACUUGACCUCCACCCACAAAAGCGAUCCGAAGCCGGUUGUGCAGCAGAAAAAGAAGCUGAUGAACUCGUGGGAUGACGUGGAUUUGGUGCGGCUGAAUACGCUCGUCUGCAACAUUCUCUACGACGCCAAUUCCUACGAGCCUCUGUCAGAGAGUCCGUUCCCAAUAGAUUGAAUCCUUUAACUUUCAGAAUCUCUGAAAUCGAAAGAGUGGCGGGCAGACGACGUGAGCACUGUUUCUACGGCCUCGUCUCCGUGCUCUUCUGCCUCGUCCUCCUUCACGACGCCAUCGGAGCCAUCACCGCGUUCAUGGUUCGUCUUCGGAAGAGCUUCCCAGAGCUCAGCCUCUUUUCCAGACCCUCCUCGUGCCCACGUCCCUCAUUGCCGUCGCAAUUUCCUCGCCGUCUUCCUACGAAAAUCCGAGUUAUCUCAAAGAUCAUCACGACUUUUUCGUUCGUUACUGGACAGUUUACGCGGUGUUCGUCGCCAGCGAAUCGUUCCUCUCUUCGUUCGUUUCGUGCUCCGAAUGUCCUUCCGAACCCGCUGCAUUCAGGCUCAUCCAAUGGGACCUUCGUCUUUUCCGUCUCGUCUUCAUGACCGCCUGUCUCUCUUCGAGAAUUCCCGUCCUUUCCACUGCACAUGGUAGGUGGCACGGCUGUGCAGUAUCCGAUCAGAUCACACUUUUGCAAUUUUCUCAGUCUUGAAUUCAAGUAUCUUUUAAAGUUUCGAAAUAUUCGGUUGUUUGCCGAGCAAGUGAGCUAUAAAGAGGCGCGUUUGCCCGGAAAACGUUGGCUGCGCCUCUCCGCUCUUCUAUUUAAACGCCCGUUUUCCCGUUGCUGUCACUCGGUCCGGCGCCAGUGGUUUAGCAAAAACACAUAUUAUCACCCCAUCCCUUCCCAUUGGCAUCACUUGACCGUCGUUUUGCUUUGGGAUACAAAACCAAUUGUCAAUUGAGCUCAGAUUUCGUAAUAGGAGAAAUUGAAUUUCCAGCCAAAGUGCUCGGUUUCGUCACAGCGAUUCGCGAAUUGAUCGACAAGAACAAUUAUGAAAAGACGGCUUCAAAACAGAAAUCGAACUGA